AUGGCAAAGCCAGUCCAUUCUUCCCAGAGCUACUCGUCGUCAGAGAGCGCUGCAGUGAUGGCGAGAGCUGCUUUCGUCGACCCUUUCGUACCCAUAACUCGUAAAGCAGUUUCGGGACCUCUUGCUCCACCGCAACAGCAGCAGCAGCAGCGAUUGUGUGUCUCAGGCCCGUUGUACAGGGAUUCUAGAUUCGCUGCCCCCUCGUAUAGCGACGCGGUGCAACAAGAGCAGCAGUUGCAGCAGCUCGCGGGUCCUGCGUCUUCCUUUGCCACAACGCCGCUCGCGGAGCUUUGGUGGGGGACUGCCCCUUCCGCGGACGCCAUGGCGGUGGCGGAAGCAGUAUGGGGUGCGCACGCCGCGCAACACCAGGCAACUCUUGCGCCUCAUCCCGCAUCCCCCUCGUUCGCCUCUCCCUCGAACGCUCCGAUUGAAGCCACGGGUGCUGCUGGAGGGUGCUGGGAGUGGGCCGAAGCGGGAGCGAUGGCGGCGGUGGCAGACGAAGAGGAGGGUUUGACGUGGAGGGGUGGACGACGAGUUGCGACAGCGACAUGGACGGCGACGUCGCUAGCGUCGCAGACGACGAGGAGGGAAGCUGGGGGGAGAGCGAGUGUGGACCUAGCGCAGAGGCUCCAUCUCACGGCGGUGAUAGCUGGUGGUUAG